AAAAAAUCAAAUUUAGUUACACAGGGGCAUGUCAACUAGGUUGUGAUGUAAAGUACAUGAAGUCAUGGUUACAUCAGAGUAUUGUCAUGGAAACGGUACAACAAAGCAUUCUAGAUCUGCCAGUACUUAAAACACUCAGUGGUGUUGUGCUUAUCCUAAUGAAGCAGCCAUUCAAGCGAUCUUCCAGCAAGUUCAGAGGAUCUGCGUCUGAAAAUAGUGAAUACAAUUCAAUGGAUUAUAUUCAAGGUGAGAGAUCAGUGUAUGAAAGUGAGGACAAAAUUAGCCAUGUAUCCAAUCCAAACGAAUGGCUGGCACUCAGAGUUCAGGGAACCAGCCGAAGCUGGAGAGGGAUUUCAUCAUGUUUAAAUCCAGAUCCUCAAUAAUGAUUGGUCAAUUGGUACAACAAAGGGAACCAAUGGAAACCGGAAUUGAAUUUCAUCUCAGUAAUGAUUGGUCAAUUUCUAGAACAAAUGGAAACCAUGGCAGCAGGAAUGGAGUUUCAACUUGCCAUAGCAACAUCUGCAAAGAAGUUUUUUUUUUGUACAAGGAAUUAAUUUUUUAAGGAAAGAAAUGCCUCUCUUAGUCAUAGUUAAUAUUGUUAGUGCUGGUGGAUGAUUUUUUUUAAGUUAUAUUGAAUCAGUGGCAGCUAGAUAUGAAUUACAUCAUGUCUAAAUUUAGAUAUUCCGGAAUAGGUUUUUUUUUGGUAUACUGGGAAUUAAUGCUUGCAAGGAAGGGAAUCUUUACAUCCAUGCCCAUCUUGAAAUUUAUUUAUAGAUUAGUAGAAUUUUAACAGAUUUAAGACAUGAAGAACCUUGCCAGUUUUUGCAAGCACUGUUUAGAUUUAUACAUGGAAGUGAAAUGUUCAUACAUGAUUGUGUUUAGAUCCAUAACAAUGGAGGAAUUAGAUUUUAGGGAACCAGGUGUACCUGCCUUAGCCUCAGUUUGAAUACUUGAUAUUGAUUGGCUGGCUUUGAUAUUACUGGGAACCAAUCAAAUCAAAGAGGAAGUGAUGUCAGCAUAUUUGAUGCUGCAGCAGAAGAAGAGAGGAACACAUUAUAUUGCUCAGAAAAACAAUCUAUAUGUCACAAAGCUGAGAUUUAUCACAUUAUGCCAGUACCUUGUAAAUUUUAUAUUUAAAUUUUUUAUUUAUUUCUAAAAAAUUUCCUAACUUUGGCAAUCUUUAUAGAAUUUCAAAUCUACACAAUGUAGUUUAAUAAAAGGAAAGUAGAGCUUUUGCUUUUUUAGUUUUUGCU